AUGCUGAUGUGCGAGAACUCCACGGCGGAUGGGAGCAGCCGGGGCUUUCUUUAGGGUUACGGUCCUUUGUCGUCGCCAGUUUCUUGGAUGCUUCGUCGUCCGGCCUUUCGAGGUUGCAAUCAGCAAAUUGCAGACGGAGGGUGUCGAUUUGAUGGUAAAUUUAGAGAAAUCGAAGGCGAUUUGGCAACAUCUGAAGAUCUCUCUCGAAGAAGGAGGAGGAGGAGGAGGUUGAUCGGAUUUUCGCGAUGGUUCUCUUUUGACUUUUGUUGGGUUGCUUCGUAGCUCAUGGAGUGGUGAGUGACUGAGCAGGGAGCAUCACAGGCUCAGGAUGUGUCACCGUUGAUGGAUGCGGCAGCUAAAAGAGUAACAGUACGAGGCUGUUUAAAGGGUGCCUCCAUGGAAGGCAUGGCUACGGAGUGGGAUGUAGAGAGUUCGGAUUGCGCCGCAAUGGUGGCGCAGAGAAACAUGUCAGAGGACUUUCUCGACUGCUCCUCCGGUCCAUCCAUAUAAAAUUAUGCGGUCUUGUGAUUUGGGUCAGAGCCAAAGCACUGGAGCAGUUGACGCAUGUGAAGCUCGAUAGGGAGAACAUCACAUCUGUCGAUAAGAUCCGCUUCGUCCUAAGCCUUCCUCAGCUCACCCAUCUUUACCUUCAGCAGAACGGACUGAAGAGCCUGAGCGGAAUUCAGGUUGCGAAAGGGCUCAAGUUUCUCAUUGUUUCCAACAAUCAACUCACAGGGCUGGAGGGUCUCGUGUCCCUUCCAAAGCUAAUGGUGCUCGAUGCUGCCGAAAAUUCCAUCAACAAAAUCGACUGUGCUGAAUUGCCUCAGUCCUUGAGUUUUCUCUACGUGGAAGGCAAUCCUUGUUGUGACUCACAAGAGGGACUGCGAGAGUAUCUGAGAACCGCGUUGCCCAAUCUUAAAGAGCUUGAUGGUGAUCCCUUAACCGAUUACUCCUGUUCCGAUUAUUCUACGGAAUCGGAUGAGGCAAGCGAGCAAGAGGAAGAGGAAGAUGAAGAGCAUGAGGAGGAUGAGGAGGGCACGGGGAGAGCUAGGACGGAGGAGGAUGAUCAUGGUGGGGAAUCCAAACAGCGAGCAUGUAAGGCGCAGGUCUUCAGGGCCACAGAGGAUGGAGGCAAGGACGUUCCGAUCGAUGGGGAAGGAUGCAGUGGAUCAAGGAGGCCCGGGACAUCAUCCGAAGCGGGGAGCAGCAGCAGCAGAGGCGCUUCUACAUCAUGCAAUCAUCCGUUGACCCUGAGCCCGUUACCGGAGAUUGUGGAGAGGCUGGGGACACCAUCCUCCGUGGAGAGAGCUCUGGGCUCGAGCCCCAUACCACAUCCGGACAUAGCCUUGGAAAAUGUUAGUGAAGAGGAUAUGGUUGAGUUCUACAACCUGAAAGACAGCCUCUACGAAAGCAACCUUGACUUAGAAGGUGCUGUGCAGACGGUUUUGUCCCACACCGUCGGCGGGCUGGGUCACCAUUGCGACAUGAUGAUCGAACGGGCUCAUGAGAGAAUGAAGGACCUCGAUGUCCGCGUCGGAGAGGAGAUUGCAGAGAUGUUCUUCAACCCGGAGACAUCACCAGGAUCAACAUCCACAUUAAAAGAGCAGUCGCAGGAAGCGAGCAGCUCAGGUGACAUAUCCAGCUCCGUCAUGUCACCAAUAUCAGUUGACCACUGGAAGUACGUAGCAAGCACCUCCAGUGACAGUUCCAACUGCAAAGACUCCUCUUCAGUGGGCAACACGGACUGCGUAGAUCAAUCAUACCAGGAAAGUCUCACAUCCGAACAGGAAGGAAGCGGUGAAAUUUGAGUCCAUGUUACCAACAAAAGAUACUGCAAUAAUUCAACAACUCGACGGAGAGAUUGGCGAGCACGGAUCAGGGCUACCAAAGGUUCAGCUCAAAGUUUGCAUAUCUGUACAUCUUUUAUGAGAUUCAAAACUUUUCUUCGGCAAGAUCAAUGGACGACUCUACUUACGUUACAGAGUAAAGAGCUUGUGCUGAUCAAACGACUUCAGGGGAAAAUUUUGGGUUCAGUCCACUUGAUACAUUUUCUGCUCUGUAUCAACUGGCUGAAUAUCUUCUAAGUAUUCGUUUAACAAGAGGACUAUACUUUUCUACGAGCCUCUGGGUCCCCAACCUCCAUCCGACACGGGGCUAUACAGCCAGUGAUUCGCCAGGCCAGUCGCUUCGCAUGGUUUACACUUUUGCCUCCCUCUCCCUCCGCAUAGUCUACACUUCACCAGUGGCAAGCCCGUGAAGACACCCCCUGAGGACCCAUCCAUAUACGAGGCAUCAAAUGUCAAAUCUACAGAGCGCCAACGACUUCGCAGAUUUAUUUUACCAGAAAAAUGUAAUUUGUUCCUGGUGACUCCUAAAGAACUUUCCUCACUAUUUGCAUUCCAGUUCACAAAAAAAAACGCCAAGAAUCUGCUGUCCGAAAGUGCUCUUCUUUCGCAAUUCC